AUGUCGGGAGUGUGGGUGUUCAAGAACGGGGUGGUGCGGCUGGAGAACCCCGGAGGCAGUGGAGAGGGAAGCAGCGGAGGAGGAGGAGGAGGAGGCAGCAGUCGGCGGCGGAAGGUGUUGGUCCACCUGCCGACGGAGGAGGUGAUUUCGUCGCACGAGGUGCUGGAGAGGUAUCUGAGGGAGCUCGGGUGGGAGCACUACCCCAGCACGCCCGAACUCAUCCAGUACCACCGGCGCUCCUCCGUCCACCUCAUCUCCCUCCCCAGGGACUUCUCCCGCGUCUCCUCCGUCCACAUGUACGACAUUGUCGUCAAGUGCAGGAACGUCUUCGAGGUGCGUGAUGCAUGA